GAUCAAAGGCAAACCUACAAAAAGGUCAAAUCGAGACGACAUCCAAAUCGACGUUGCAGCCGACCUUCGAUAUUCGAGUAUAUACGCACGCAAUUGCCGAACUUGAUCCCUCUUCUCAGCCCGAAUAGAUUCUCGAAUUCGUCAAAUUCGAGCUGCAUAUAGAAAGACGGGAGAAAUCAAAUUGGUCUGGACCAGGGCAGCGAUACAAUCCGCCAAGCCCGACGACGAAAAUACACCCGCUCGAGGCGUUACACAGAUAUCCAUACACACCUGCACGCAGACAACACCGACAUCAUGCGGCUUUCAUUACUCGUUACGCUCGCCCUGACGGCCCUCAUCGAGGCCCACACCGUCAUGGUAUACCCGGGAUGGCGCGGCAACAACCUCAUUACCAACGAGACGUUUCCCUACGGCAUGCAGUGGAUGUAUCCAUGCGGCGGCAUGGGAACGAGCAGAAACCGAACGUACUGGCCCACCACCGGCGGCGCCGUCUCCUUCCAGCCCGGCUGGUUCCGCGGCCAUCUCCAAGCCCAGCUGCAGAUCAACCUCGGAUACGGCACCGACGGCCCCGACGGCGGACCCCCGAACAUGUCCAACAUCAUGGUCAAGCCGUUUAUGCUCCUCGGUCCAACGAACAAUCCCUACCCGGGGACGGUCUGCUUGCCGCAGGUCCCUCUGCCUGCUGGCGCAAACGUCUCGGCUGGAGAUAGGGCGACGAUUCAGGUUGUCGAACAGGCUCAGCACGGCGCAUCUCUGUACUCUUGCGUCGACAUCAUCUUUGCCGAGCCAGGCGACCCCCGCAUCCCCAUCGUCAACGAGACAAACUGCUUCAACUCGACGCAAUUCGGCUUCGCCCAAAUCUACACCGUCACCACGCAGGAACCCUCCCUCGACGUCAUCGCCUCCACGACGACCGGGUCGGCCCCGAGAUACUACAGCUGGGCCGGCUGGCUGCCGCUCGUUGCCGGAGCGAUAUGGAUGGCUUUGUGA